UGGCGUAUAUAGUUGAAUGAGCGCCAAUGAUCGUGGCCGGAAAGCGCCGGAAAGCGCCGGAAAGGCAGAAACCGCGUACGCGUACGGCUUUGUUUUUGCAUAAAAAUGAGUGUAGAUUCGUCGACCGAUCGAUAGAAUCGUUCUGAAACAGAUUCUGUAUCGAAAGUAUAGUGACGAAUCGUUCGCGUCCGAUUCUACGGAUCGAACGCGCUAAAGUCAGAGCUGAAUAAUCGUAUCGAUCGUACCGAACGGUUCUUCUUCGUCUUUGUUCUAAUUAGAUUUAUGGUUGAUGCUCGACGCUUCGAGAGCGACGAGAUAAACCAUGGCUGAUCCAACGAUACAAACGUUCUGUUGUCGUCAUUCGAACAGAACGGACAUGGCGAUAGUAAUAAUGCAAGAAUUUAACACGGACGUUUACAAUGCCGUCUGCAUGCUCUCUUCUUCCAUAGGCAUUUUAGGCGCGGUGUACCAGAUACUUCCGAGAGAAACGUCAGAUCUACCUCACAGGUGGCAAAGCUUCUCCUCGUCCAGGGGAAGAGAAAUUAUUAUGUGGCUCGCGAUCGCGGACCUCUUAGCGUCGAUGGGUGUAUUUAUCAGAUCUGCAUUGUGGGUGAAUUUUAAAUCUAUAAUGCCCGUGGAAGACGACACUUCGAGCGUUCUGUUCUGUGCACUCUCAUCGGCCUGGACGCAAUAUUUUUACAUGGCAACGUGGAUUUGGACACUUUGCUACGCCAUCGAUAUGAAACUAUUGCUAGGAGAUCGAUCCGGACGUCCUACUUGUUACCAUGCUUUCGCUUGGAUAUGUCCAGCGAUUCUGACUACGUUUGGCUUGACGAUUUUAUACGUACCCGACGCAAACUGCCAUAAUUUAACUUCGUUGUCCACUGCUGUGUUCCGAAUCCUGCCGAAUUACUGUGCCACGUACGUGUUGCUGGCAGUGGUGAUGAUCGUGAAUCCAGUGCUGUAUUUCGCGUCGUCGCGAGACCUUCAAACUGCCGUUACUUGCAGCCUGGCGCAAAUAACGGGCAGAGAGAGAAAAUUGGUGCAAACGAUAAGACUGAAAUUCGCUUUGACAAACGUCGCCUAUUACUUGUGUUGGUUGCCGAAUUUAAUCAACGGGAUCCUACUGUGGACUCUAUGGUUUCAGUUACCGGUCAAAGCGAUCAUCACCCUUUGGUACGUAAUGGCUGUCACGAAUCCCCUUCAAGCGUUCUUCAAUGCUCUCGUCUAUAAAAGAUGGGAUAAGAGAGAGAAAUUCCGACUGGAAUGCUGCGAGAAGUUAGGGAGCUUCAAGUUGAGCAAGAUCACGAAGGGUCACACUAAUGCGCGCUUGUCGGAGUCGUCGCCCUUAUUGGACACGGAUUUCGGACGACCACGGUACACGAGCAUCAAUGGAUCCUCGUCGUCGUCGUUUUGAGAAGUGUGAUAAGGAUAUUUGGCUUCGUAUUCGUACCGUCGAAAACGUUACACACUGCCUCGCGUCGCUUUUAAACGUAUCUAUAAUUUUAAUACUUGAAUUUAAUAGGGUUCGAAGAGAAAACGUGCUCGACCGUUCGUUUUAUUUUCUGUCAACGCGGGAACGACCCGAGAGAAAUUGCUAUUCAUACGUACACGUCGAAACACCACGUAGCGUGCAUAACUCGGCAAUUUUGAGGCUAGCGUCGCGUGCACGUGGCGCCAUCUAGCGUUCAUGGCUGCAAUUUUUGGGUUAGCUUCACGUGUCCCUUCAGAUUUUGUGAAAUUUCGUUUUUCCUCAAUAACUCCUAAACCCUUGGAGAUACGGGAAAAUUGCUUUCUUG